AUGCAGUGGGAGGGGUGGCGAAGGCAGCAGAGGUGGAUGCGGCAGAGGGUGGAUCUGGGCGGCAAAGGGCGGCAGAGGGUGGUACUGGCCAGCAAAGGGCGGCUUAGGAUGGAUCUGGUCGGCGAAGGGCGGCAGAGGGCGACAGAGGAUGGAUCCGGACUGCAGAAGGGGGCUCCAACAGUUUGGAUGCCAGGAAAGGUAGAACUAGAGAAAAAAAACAACUCCCCCAACCACCAUUUAAGGAGGUUGGGGGAGGAGGAAAAUUCCGGUAGCAGAUUGUUUAGUGAGAGGGGAGAGGAAAAUAUUUUAGAGAGAUAA